AUGGCUGCUUCCGCCACAUUGCAGUACCAGCGACCUGCUUGGUACAGAUUGGCAGGCUACGACUUGCUACUCUGGGCAUUAUCUAUCGUCAUGGAUUGUUUCUUUAGGGAGAUUCGACCUCGAGGUGCAUUCAAAAUACCUCGAGAGGGCCCCGUUAUCUUUGUUGCCGCUCCUCAUCAUAAUCAAUUUGUGGACCCAAUCAUCCUACUGGGCCAAAUCAAGAAGGAGGCUAACCGAAGAAUAUCAUUCUUGAUUGCUGCCAAGUCUUAUCAAAAGAAUUUUAUUGGUCACAUGGCCAAGUGCCAGUUGAGUAUACCAGUGGUUAGACCCCAGGAUAAUUUGAGUAAAGGUUCAGGUAGAAUCUAUGCUGAUAAGGAAGAUCCGUGUCGUAUCUGGGGCAAAGGCACCAAAUUCACUGAGGAGUGUAUGGUUAGAGGCCUACUUGCAUUACCACAAUCACUUGGAGCUAGUGAAAUAACGGAAAUCAAAUCGGACACUGAAUUGUGCAUCAGAAAGGCUUUUAAAAAAACAAACCAAAUAGAUCAGUUGUUAGCCAAUGGAACCUCAUUUAAAAAGGCAGACAAGAUUAAUCAAAAACAAGUUUAUCAGACAGUCUUUGAUCACUUACUGGAUAAUGGAAGUAUCGGGAUUUUUCCUGAAGGAGGCUCGCAUGAUCGUACUGACUUGUUACCCUUGAAAGCUGGUGUUGCUGUGAUGGCGUUGGGAGCAAUGGAAAACAACCCCAACUGCAAUGUAAAAGUAGUCCCCUGUGGAAUGAAUUAUUUCCAUGCUCACAAGUUCAGGUCUAGAGCUGUUGUUGAGUUUGGUGAUCCUAUAGUAAUUCCCAAAGAGUUGGUUAAGAAAUAUGCCAAUCCAGAAACUACAUCAGAGGCAGUUAAAGAUUUGUUAGCAUUGAUCACAUCUGGUUUGAAAGCAGUUACAGUAACGUGCGAGGAUUACGAGACUUUGAUGUUGAUUCAAGCUGGGAGAAGAUUAUACGCUGGAAAUUUUGCUCAACAGUUGCCGCUACCGUUGAUUGUUGAAAUGAAUCGACGGUUGGUGAUUGGCUACGAGCAUUACAAGGAUGAGCCAAAGGUUCAAGAUGUGAAAAAAAGAGUGUUGGAGUACAAUGAUCUAUUGAAAACUUUGCAUUUACCUGACCACCAUGUCGAAGAUUGUCAGGAUGAAGGAUACAAGGCUAAACUUUUACCCAUUUUGGUUUUCAGAAUUUUUAAAUUGAUAAUUUUGUUCAUUUUGGCAUUACCGGGAGCAACCCUUUUCUCGCCUGUGUUUCUUUCGUCCAAGAUCAUAUCUCGCAGAAAGGCGAAAGAAGCGUUGGCAAACUCAGUUGUCAAGAUUCAAGCAAAUGAUGUUAUUGCAACAUGGAAAAUCUUGGUUGCAAUGGGUAUCGCACCAAUUGUAUACUCCUUUUAUGCAUCAAUUGGCACUUAUUAUUGCUCAACCCACGGACUAUUAUCAUCGUUUGGCUUGUUUUGGCUUUGGAUAUUUUUGUACCUUUGUGGUGUCUUUGUCACUUACAGUGCCUUGUUAACAGGCGAGCAAGGAAUGGAUUUGUUCAAGUCAAUCAGACCAUUGUACCUUUCAAUUACUUCCGGGUCCGCUAUAAGGAGGCUUAAGAAAAUGAGACGUGAAUUGAGUGAAGAGAUUACCGACGUGGUAAACACAUAUGGACCUGAAUUGUUCCCCAAGGACUUUAAUUUAUUGGAAUUGAAAAAUUCAUUACGAAUCUCUGAUGAUGUUGAAUAUGUUGAUUCUGAUGAGGAAGAGGAGAAAAAGACUCAGGAAAUGAGAAAUAGACGCCAAUCGAGACGCAAAGCGGAGCGCAAAUUACAUGUUAAUGAAGAUGUUGACACUGCUUCCAAUGCCAGUGAAAUGGGCGAAAGUUUAUCUCAUUCAUCAUCCAUGUCUGAUGGUAUUUCCUUGUUGGAUGCCGAAGCUAAGUCGUACACCAAUCUACCCCUCUUUAGUGAUUAUCAUCUACACAAAAAUGUCACCAACAAGAAUCUUGAUCUUGACCCACAAUCAAAUUUCAAUUCGAGUGCUACUUUGUAUGAUGAUCAUAAGCACCAUAUUGAUCUCCAAAAUCAACAGCAGCGCCAGCAUUAUGUGUCUUCGCCACUACGCGGACGGCCAAGUUUAUCGCAAACACCAUCUGAAGAACGAAUUGAAUUGAAUUUUGGAAACAAGACAUCAUUAAAAGGAAAGAUAUUUGAUAAAAUGAAGCAAAAGAGGACACAAAUAUAA